UCAAUCAUCCUAAAGGUGAUCAACAACAGCUAAGCAGAGAAGGUACGGCAAAUAAACGAAAAGCAGAACCAUGAGUCUGAUGGCGAAAGAGGGGAAGCAGUUCGCUUUUCUGAUAGUAAUUUCAUGAGUCAGCUGACCUGAGAUACAUACAUCAAUCCUCAUGAGAUUUCUUCAGCAAGGAAAAGUGGUUGGCUUACGGCACAGUAGGGAGCUUCCAGGGCUGGCUGGCGUGGGAUACCUGUACCACAGGAAUGCAGGGGUCAUCCCUUCUUCCAGGCCUCUGCUUUCUGCUGAGCUUCUUUGGAGCUGUGAUUCCGAAAAUCAAAGCUUCCUGUAACUGCCCCCCAAAUGCUUCCUGUGUCAGUAACAGUCACUGCACCUGCAACAGUGGAUAUAUUUCUGGAUCUGGGCAGAAACUAUUCACAUUCCCCUUGGAGACAUGUAACGACACGAACUCCUCAAAGACAACCCAAGGCAAGAAAGAGCUGCAAAAGAUUGUGGACACAUUUGAGUCACUUCUCACCAAUCAGACUUUAUGGAGAACAGAAGGGAGGCAAGAAAUCUCAUCCACAGCUACCACUAUUCUCCGGGAUGUGGAAUCGAAAGUUCUAGAAACUGCCUUGAAAGCUCCAGAACAAAAAGUCCAGAAAAUACAAAACAGUAGUGUGGCUAUUGAAACUCGAGUGAUUACAGACAAUUGCUCUGAAGAAAGAAAGACAUUCAACUUGAACGUACAAAUGAACUCAAUGGACAUCCAUUGCAAUGACGUCAUCCAGAAAGAUACACAAGGUCCCAGUGCCGUUGCCUUUAUCUCAUAUUCUUCUCUUGGAAACAUCAUAAAUGCAACUUUUUUUGAAGAGACGGAUGAGAAGGAUCGAGUGUUUCUGAACUCUCAGGUAGUGAGUGCUGCCAUUGGACCCAAAAGGAACAUGUCGCUCUCCAAGUCUGUGACGCUGACUUUCCAGCACGUGAAGAUGAACCACAGUAUCAAAAAGGCCUUCUGUGUCUACUGGGAGAACACAAAGCAGGGAGGCCUGUGGUCCAGGGAUGGCUGCUUCCUGAUACACGUGAACAAGAGUCACACCAUGUGUAAUUGCAGUCACCUGUCCAGCUUCGCUGUCCUGAUGGCCUUCACCAGCCAGGAGGAGGAUCCUGUGCUGACUAUCAUCACCUAUGUGGGGCUGAGCCUGUCUCUGCUGUGCCUCCUCCUGGCGGCCCUCACCUUCCUCCUGUGUAAAACCAUCCAGAACACCAGCACCUCGCUGCAUCUGCAGCUCUCGCUCUGCCUCUUCGUGGCCCACCUCCUCUUCCUCGUGGGGAUUGACCAAACUGAAUCCAAGGUGCUGUGCGCCAUCAUCGCCGGUGCCUUGCAUUAUCUCUACCUGGCUGCCUUCACCUGGAUGCUGCUGGAGGGCCUGCACCUCUUCCUCACUGCACGGAACCUGACGGUGGUCAACUACUCAAGCAUCAACAGACUCAUGAAGUGGAUCAUGUUUCCAGUGGGCUAUGGCGUUCCCGCUGUGACUGUGGCCAUUUCUGCAGCCUCCAGGCCUCACCUUUAUGGAACCGCUGAUCGAUGCUGGCUCCACCUGGACCAGGGAUUUAUCUGGGGUUUCCUUGGCCCAGUCUGUGCCAUUUUCUCUGUGAAUUUAGUAUUUUUUAUCUUGGUCUUUUGGAUUUUGAAAAGAAAACUUUCCUCCCUCAAUAGUGAAGUGUCAACCAUCCAGAACACAAGGAUGCUGGCUUUCAAAGCAACAGCUCAGCUCUUUAUCCUGGGUUGCACAUGGUGUCUAGGCUUCCUACAGGUGGGUCCAGCUGCCCAGGUCGUGGCCUACCUCUUCACCAUCAUCAAUAGCCUCCAGGGCUUCUUCAUCUUCUUGGUCUACUGCCUUCUCAGCCAACAGGUCCAGAAACAAUAUCAAAAGUGGUUUAGAGAGAUUGUAAAAUCAAAAUCUGAGUCUGAGACAUACACACUUUCCAGCAAGAUGGGUCCUGACUCAAAACCCAGUGAGGGGGAUGUUUUUCCAGGACAAGUGAAGAGAAAAUAAUAGAACUAGAACAUUCAACUCCGUAUGGAAUAUCAUACCCAUGGAUCUUUUUGGCAUUAUGAAGAAUGAAGCUAAGGACAAGGGACUUCAUUAGACAUAUCAUCCUUGGAGAGGAAGUAAUCAACCUUUACUUCCCGAAGUGUUUGUUCUGCAUAAUAGGCUCUCAAAAAAUGUGUGGUAAAUUGCA